UCUCCUUGGUUGUCAAGAGGGAUGAAUAUCACCUUUCCUGUUUGUCUUCAGAAACCUACACCUACAGCUACCGAGGGGAUAAACGGAGACGGUUCAGCUAGUAUUAGCAUGGCUUCACGGAAGAUUAGGAAGAGAUGGUCUGCCGAGGAGGAUGCGGACCUGAUUGCAGCUGUAAAGCGGUGUGGUGAGGGAAACUGGGCUCACAUUGCUAGGGGAGAGUUUAGAGGAAGGAGAACCGCCUCCCAACUCUCACAGAGGUGGCCGCAUUUAAGAAAAAAGUAUGAUACUUCGACCUCUGGUAGCCAACCUGGCGUACAGCAAACUGAAGCGCAGAUAGCAGUAAACCAUGCGUUAUCUUUGGCUCUGGGAAACCGUCCCCCUUCAAAAAAAGUUGCAGUAGGAACUCAAGGCAAUGGAGGCCGUCCUGCUCAAGGUCAACAACAGUCCAAACCAGUUGCUGUUCAAACAUUGUCUCGGGCAGCAACAACAGUUCCAGCUUCAAAAUCUCGACUUGGUGUUAAGAAAACAACAGCAAGCUCCACUUUCAGAUCGGAUUUAAUGGUAACGGCUAAUUCAGCAGCUGCUGCAGCAUGCAUGGGUGGCGUAUCGACUGGUCCAUCAGUACCAAAGGUUGAAUCUGUAGAAAAUGCGUCUACAGCCUGUAUGCCUUGUCCCUCAGGUAGCCUCGUUGUGCCAGAGGUUGAGCCAGGAAAGACUGUUGCCGCUUCUAGUAUUACUAAACCGGUUGGACCUGCGAAUGCACGGCCUCUAGCUAAUGGAAACUUGAAACCUGUGACGCCUUCACCAUCUUCUGUCAUACCUCCUCUCACGGAUGGAUCUGCAUUGCUUUCUGCUUCUACGCACUUGACCACUGCAUCGAAGAUCGUCUCCAGUCAGAGAGUUUCUGCAGCCUCUGUCCCAGCAACUGUAUUACCUCCAAAGGCAACUGCAGGGACUGCUAUUUGCAAACCAGAUGGUGGACACAAAGAGCAAGCUCGAGAAGAUGGAGCAAGCUCAUUGGUUGCCAUCCAGUCAAAUAACAUGAUCUCAACAAACUCGGAGACUAGCAGGGGAAAGCAGGCUGCUGCACACGCUCAGACUGCAGUUCUCGGUGCUGCUAAUCAAAGUUUGGUGGAUAAAACUGCAGUGCCAUCCAUCAGUGGAGCUGGUUCGAAAUCUAAAUCCAAAUGUGAAGUAAACAACAAUGUCGGUUCGCUAAACAAAGUGAGUAAUGCAUGCGGAGAGCCAACAGAGGUUGCAAAUGUGAGAGGGACCGGACAGGGUGUUUAGUUCUUUUGACAGAAACAUGAAACAUCUUAUACUUUUGUUUUGGAGCUUUUUAGUUUUUAUUAGGAAACUGAAAGAAAGAUAUUAUGUAAAGUAGGCCUUUCCCAGUACAUGGUACUAAUUAAUAAUACAAAUCUCAUACACUUUCAAUC